AUGUGUAUAGUGGAGGUGAGCAGUUCGGCUUACGCAAAUAGCCUGGCGUCAGGCCAGUCCCCUGCCACCACCAGCCAGUCCCCUGCCAAAACCAGCCAGUCCCCUGCCACCACCAGCCAGUCCCCUGCCACCACCAGCCAGUCCCCUGCCACCACCAGCCAGCCCCCUGCCACCACCAGCCAGCCCCCUGCCACCACCAGCCAGCCCCCUGCCACCACUAGCCAGUCCCUUGCCACCAGCAGACCACCGAGACCACCCUUACGAUCACUACACUCAGGGCCAGGGGUAGAAAUACUCAACCCACAUCCCCCGCUUUGGGGCCCAUCUCACCCCCCCCCGCGCUAUGGGACCCAUCUCACCCCCACCUCCCCGCUAUGGGACCCCCCCCCCUCCGCUGAGGUCAGAGAGAUCUCGGGCGCCGUGCGUGUGGAGGAAGUCUCUGAAUACCGUCGAGAUCGACCGGCGCUGCACGCAGUGCUGCUGCUGCUGCACAGCUACCAGUGCUGCACAGCUGCCAGUGCUGCACAGCUGCCAGUGCUGCACAGCUUCUGCACAGCUACAAGUGCUGCACAGCUACCAGUGCUGCACAGCUACCAGUGCUGCACAGCUACCAGUGCUGCACAGCUGCCAGUGCUGCACAGCUACCAGUGCUGCACAGCUGCCAGUGCUGCACAUUUAUCGUAA